AUGAGGAGGACAGGGGAGGAGGAUGAGGAUGAAGAUGUGGAUUUCAAUCUGUUUCUAAAGGAAACCCUUUCAUCGGAAACUUCUUUGAGCUUGGGCUCUGAAAUUGAUGGUUUGGAUGGUGAAGUUGACAGUUGGGGAAAGACUUUUGAUAAUAGUUUGGGAUUUAAUUCGUUGAAGCCAACAAGUGAGGUGCAAAACUCAGCUGUUGGAGAUUCUGUUUCCAGAACUCCUAAGAAGAGAAAAUCUUGCUCAAACUCCCAACCAAAAGCUGAUACUGUUCAAACAAAGGACAAUGUUAGUGAAAUUGAUUAUAUUGAUGUUUUGGUAGGAGACUUAAGUAAUACAGCACAAUCCCAGAAGCCUGUAAUAGAUUUAGAGAAUGAGGAUGCUGUCUGCACACACUUUAGUGGAGAUGGUGAUGGUCAGUCAAAUCAAGAGAAUGAAAUUGUUGAUGAUGAAGAUGAAUAUAAUGAUGCGGAUUUUGAGACAGAAAUUCAAGAGUUGCUUGAGAGUGAUGUUGAUGAAACAGAAGAUGGUUCUAUAAAUGGGUUUACUCUCCACCAAAUAGGCCAGUUACAUUGUUUGAUACAUGAACAUGUGCAACUUCUCAUUCAAGUAUUUUCUGUGUGUGUUCUUGACUCUUCUUGGCAACACAUUGCUUCCCAGGUUCAGGGAUUGAUUUUUGAGAUGCUUAAAAAACAUAAUGAAGUAUUAGCCUGGAAAAGUGUCCCAUAUCCUAGUAUUUGUUUUUACCCUCCAUAUGUUUGCUCAUCAGUGCCAGAUGAACAUCCGAGAGUCGCCCCAGCACAAUGCAGUUUAGAAUCAUUUCCUUCAUUUAAUACACAAAGAGUUUGCUCUCCUGUAAAUAACCAGAUGUUAGCUUCUCAAAACAUGUAUCCUUCUAAAGGAAGAUGUGUACAUGUUUUCAAUGAGCAAGUGGGUUCUUUCCAAAACAUCGAGGACUCUUUCUGGGUGCCCUUGAUAAGUGGUCUGGUACUGUCCAUCUUGGAUGUGGCUCCACUCAAUAUAGUUGGAAGAUAUAUGGAUGAUGUUUCUACUGCUGUUCAGCACUAUCAACAUUGUCCUGUGAAAUCUAGUAGUGAUGCUCCCUUUGAAAGAAAACCACUGUUUCCCCUUCCUUCUUUCCCGUUGUAUACUGAAGCUAAUUCUGAAGUUUUAAGGGGACCCAUUACCUCAGCUGUUAACAUGGUUUCAUCCACAGCCAGUCAACAAUUGCCUAAAAAAACAAUGGCUGCUGCACUUGUAGAAAGCACCAUGAAGAAAUCAGUUGUUUUCGUUACCAAGGAAAUUAGGAUGACGCUGGAAUACAAUACGAAUUGGAAGGCUAUUCAACAAUGGUUUCUUCCAUGCAAAUCGAGGCAUCAGAUUUUUGUCAGGCAAAAGAAUCGUUGCUCAUCUAAAGCACCAGAAAAUCCCAUAAAGGCAGUUUGGAGAAUGAAGACCUCUCCAUUGACUGUGGAAGAGAUAACAUGUAUUCAGGAGGGACGUAAGGUUUAUAAAUUAGAUUGGAUGUCUGUGUGGCGAUUUUUUGUCCCACAUAGAGAACCAUCUUUGCUACCUCGGCAGUGGCUCAUUGCCUUUGGAACUCAGAGGUCAUAUAAGCAGGAUGAAGCAAAAAAGGAGAGGCAGUGUUUGUAUGAGUCAAAAAGAAAAAAAGUGCAAAACUGGAGGUUUGGCAAGUUGGCAAACUGCAUCUGAAAAGGAGGAUGAUCAAGCUGAAAAUGCUGGAGGAAAGAAUAAAAGUGGAGAUGAGAGCACAGAUAAUGCUGGGCAAGGUUAUGUUCAUCAAGCGUUUUUAGCAGAUUGGAGGCCAGGUGGCUUCAACCUCAAUUCUUCUGCCCGUCCUUGCAGAAAUGUGAAAGACAAAAGCCUUCCUAGGGAUACAUUAUAACAAGAGGGUACUCAUAUAAGGGAGCAGCAAAUUUAUGAUGGGUCCAGAGAGACUCAACUCCAGACUGGAAUCAUGUACAAGUUUUCAACUCUAUCAGUGUACCUGGGUAUUUCAUCUCAGUUUGCUAGUGCUAGAAAUGGUACAUCUAAUAAAAUGGAACCAAAUCAUCCAGGUUCUGGUAUGACAUUGAAUACCAGAAAAUCCCAAUUCUUUUUUCAGCCUUAUUGUGGUCGUAGAAAAAGUGGUGCUUCUAAUUACCACUUAGUGAAAUUAGUGCUAGACUUGCCUCCUGUGAAUCUUCCACAAUCUGUUUGUGUAGUCUCACAGGCAGACUUCAAAGGCUUUCAGUUUGGAGCAUCUACCAAGAUUUCUGUGGCUGGAGGUGGUAUUUGUAAUUCUGGAAUAGAAAAUUUAGUUUCUCGAAUUCCUCAUGCUGUGAACUUGGGAAGCACCCAUUCAGUAAAAGCUGUACAGAAAAAAAAUAGUCUACUGAAAGACAAUGUUAGACAUUCACAUCCAGAAGAAUCUGAAAUUGAUAAGAAUAAAUGUAUUCCUGAGGUAAGACGCAUUGAUUCUGAUCUUCAGAUGCAUCAUUUACUGUUCCAGUCCCCUGAAGAUAGACGUCUGCCCUAUUAUUGAUUGAACUGCAGCACUAGUACUUCUAGUUCUUUCAUUUUCUUCUCAGGAAAUCAGCCUCAAUUGAACCUAAAUCUCUUCCAUAAUCCUUACCUAGAAAACUAUUUUGAAGGUUUUAAUAAAUCUCUGAAGUCAAGAGGAAUCUAGAGUAUCUUCUGGCAUUGACUUCCAUCCACUGCUACAAAGAACCGAUCAUGUAUAUACUGACUCAGUGACUACUGAGAAAGUUUUUGACGCUGUCCAGACUGAGUCACUAUUAAGUCUUGAUCUGGCUACUGGUGUUAAUCUUCCAAGCCCUACAGAGAAAACUAAUGAACUGGACUUGGAGAUACACCUAAGCUAUACAUCAAGAAAGAAGAAAGGCAUGGAAAGUAAAGAUGUGACUGCAUGUAAUCCAACUGUCAGUAUUGGCAGCAUCACACUCCAGGUCUACAAUGAAAACCCUAAACUUCAAUGGCCCACAUUAUUAGCAGGGUGAUAUUUGUCCCACAGUUAGUACUGACCUUGUUUCAAGUAGCCAUGGAUUGCCGAUACCAAGUAAUAACAUCAGCAGAUAUCACAUGAUGAUAUAGGUAACCGGUCUCAUCCGGAGAUUGUGAUGGAGCAGGAAGAAUUGAGCGACCCUGAUGAAGAAAUUGAAGACCAUCUGAACAUGUAGAGUUUGAGUGUGAGGAGAUGGCUGAUUCUGAAGGAGAGGAUGGAUCAGGCUGUGAACAAAUUUGGUGUUCCAAAGUAAAGUUUGACCUUUUAUAUCUUGAAAGCUUCAGGGUCAUCCCUCACAGAAGAACUAAAACUACUAUAAAAUUCGCCCUCUCAUAUUUUCUCAAGAUGAUUGAUUGAACACAAAA